ACGGGGCGGGGCGGGGCGGAGGCCGCGGCGCCGGCGCCGGGCCGUGGGGGGUGGCGGCGCGCCCGCCCUGCCGCGCGGCGGUCACGGCGCGGCCAUGCCGUACCUGGGCGGCGAGGAGGCGCUGCGGGACCUCCGGCGGGCCCUGGCCAACCCGCACGUGCAGGCGGACCGGCUGCGGUACCGCGGCGUGGUGCUGCGCGUCAUCCGGCACAUGACGCAGGGCACGGACGUGUCGGGGCUCUUCACGGAGAUGGUGAAGGCCAGCGCCGCGGCCGACGUGGUGCAGAAGAAGCUGGUGUACCUGUACAUGUGCACCUACGCGCCGCGGCAGCCCCACCUCGCCCUGCUCGCCAUCAACACGCUCUGCAAGGACUGCGCCGACCCCAACCCCAUGGUCCGGGGGCUCGCCCUGCGCAGCAUGUGCAGCCUCAGGAUGCCUGGUAUACAGGAGUACAUCCAGCAGCCUGUCCUGAACGGCUUGCGAGACAAAGCCUCCUAUGUGAGGAGGGUAGCUGUUCUUGGCUGUGCAAAGAUGCAGAAACUCCAAGGGGACUCUGAAGUGGAUGGUGCAUUGGUGAAUGAGUUAUAUAGUUUGCUUCGUGACCAGGAUCCUAUUGUAGUAGUGAAUUGUCUGAGGGCUUUAGAAGAGAUUUUGAAGAAGGAGGGAGGAGUUGUCAUCAACAAACCUAUCGCCCAUCAUCUCCUCAACAGAAUGGCUGACCUAGAUCAAUGGGGACAAAGCGAGGUGCUUGCCUUCCUUCUGCGUUACAGACCCCGCAAUGAGGAGGAACUUUUUGACAUACUCAAUUUACUAGAUGGAUAUCUCAAAAGCAGCAGCCCCAGUGUUGUGAUGGCAGCCACCAAGCUUUUCCUAGUGCUAGCCAAGGAGUACCCGCAUGUGCAGGCAGAUGUUUUGGUGAGAGUGAAAGGACCACUGCUGUCUGCCUGCACUUCUGAGAGCAGGGAACUCUGCUUCACGGCUCUGUGUCACGUGCGUGAGAUUCUUGGUAGCCUUCCUGGCCAUUUUAGCAGCCAUUACAAGAAGUUCUUCUGCUCAUAUUCAGAGCCCCACUACAUCAAAUGCCAGAAGAUGGAGGUAUUAUGUGAGCUGGUGAAUGACGAAAAUGUGCAGCAAGUGCUGGAGGAGCUGAAGGGUUAUUGCACUGAUGUUUCAGUAGAGCUUGCCCAAGGGGCGAUCUUUGCCAUAGGCAAUAUUGCUAGGACGUACACAGAACAGUGUGUGGGGAUUCUGACAGAGCUUUUGGGGCUUCAGCAGGAGCACAUCACUUCAGCGGUGGUGCAGACUUUUCGGGACCUGGUUUGGCUAUGUCCCCAGUGCACAGAUGCAGUGUGUCAGGCGCUGCCUAGCUGUGAGGAGACCAUCCAGGACAGUGAGGGUAAGCAAGCAUUGAUCUGGCUCUUGGGGGCACAUGGUGAGAAAGUACAAAAUGCCCCCUACAUUUUAGAGGACUUUGUGGAGAAUGUGAAAUCAGAGAUGUUUCCAGCAGUGAAGAUGGAGCUUCUGACAGCAUUAGUGCGACUUUUCCUGUCUCGUCCUGCUGAGUGUCAGGACAUGCUAGGGCGACUACUCUAUUAUUGCAUAGAGGAGGAGACGGAUAUGGCAGUACGUGACCGUGGAUUGUUCUACUAUCGCCUCUUACAAUCUGGUGUGGAGGAAGUGAAACGGAUCCUAUGUAGCCCCAAGUCUGACCCCUCUCUGGGGCUCCUGGAAGACCCAGCUGAGCGACCUGUGAAUACGUGGGCUUCAGAGUUUAAUACCCUCGCGUCUGUUUAUGGCAGAGCAUGCUGGGCACUUGUCACUGCUCACCAGCCAGUGGAAUCCUGUUAUGCUUGUUCUCCUUGUACUGACCCCAAGGACAGAAGGACAGAGUCCCUAAUUUCUGAAGAGAAUAAAGAAGUCCUCCAGGUUCAUCCUGAUACAGGCAGCCUGACCUUAAUUCCUGACAUGUAUCUGAAUGCAGAACAGUUUGAGAAGACCUGGCUGAAUCUGGACAUUAGCUGCCAGCACUCUCUGCCCUGGCGUGGAACGGCUCAUUCGGAUACCAUACAGGCUGCUCUUCAUGUUGUCCACAUCCAGACUAUUGCUAUGAGCAAAGCUGGUAUCCAGCCAUGGAAAGCUUAUCUCAGUGCUCAGGAUGACGCUGGUUGCCUCUUCCUAACAGAGCUAUUGCUUGAGACGGAGGAAUCAGAGAUGCAGGUUUCAGUGAAGCAGAGCGAGGCAAAGCCUGAGGCACUAAAAACCUUUAUUUCCGUUUUAGGGACUGUAAUGGGGACAGUUGUUGGGCUGAGAUCCUGAUUGAUCUCUGCUCCCGGUAGGAUGCUUACUCAGGGCACAGGAAAAGUUUCUUGCUGUUGCUUCAUUUGGCAUAAACUGUUGCUGGUUUUGUAUUUUUAAACUGUUAAGAGCCUUAGCAGCCCUUCCACCCUAGCCAGUGGGGACAGAGUUAUACCUAGAAACCACAUGUGUGAGGGUAGCUAGAGCUGGUAGACACCACAUUACUAUAACUGGUGAGUGAGGCAGGUUAAAUGAUAUUCCUCUGGGCUGGUGAAAGGACAAGAUAACGCAUUUGUUAGCCUACUACUAGCAUGAUUCAUAGAAGUGGUGGCAUCUCCAGUGCUUGCCACAAGGCACUAACGUGACCUGUGAGCCUGACCGAUGGAACCAGAAAUGAACAAAAGUCAGGGCAGUGUUUUGGAGAGGUUUUCUCAUAAGAUUUCUGAAAAACUGUCACAAACAGUUCCCGAGAAUCAGCUGCUUAUCUCAUAUUAAGAGGCACAGUGCAGUGAAGAAAGAAUUAUUUAGUUCUUGGCUUCCUUUUCAUGUGAUUUAGUUUUCUGUCCGAUAGAUUCAAGUGAAAUGAGCUGUGCUUUGUCAGAAUAUGGAUGGAUAGGGUACAUCAUAUUUACUAGAAACAGUGUGUUUCAAGAGGAAGAAUUGUAUUUUCCAGUCAAAAUGUAUUACUGCAAGGAUGAAUCACCCUCUCUGAAGAGUCCCACCUCAGCCCUUCCGUGGCAAAGAUGCCCAGUGCUCAGGAUGACACUGGGCACUGGUUUUUCUGUAGGAAAACGCAAGAAUGAGCAAGUUAUAUUUAAUGUUAUGUUUGUGUGAGUUAAUAUGGCUUGAGUUUUAUAACCUGUGUCCCUUUGACCACAUCAGUGUGGUGUGAGUCCUCAGUACUCACACCAGUAAUUGAAGAAUUGCUGUUUGGAUAAUUAAUAUGUAUGGGAUACUAACUUUUUGCUUAAACCAAAUUUUACCAUUUGUUACUUUGUGACUAGAUGGCUAUGCAAAGGUUUGUUGUCUGUGCAGUACUUAUUUCUGUGCAGUACUGUUCUUCUGUCCUUGUGAUACAGUACAUGAGAUUGGUCCAGUACCAUGUGAGUUAAUUUUUCCAGCUGUUGUUACUGUCACUUGCAGGAUUGUUUGUAUCUCACUAUUAUUUUGUCCUGUAUUUGUUACUUGUUCUUGUUAGUUCCAUGCUGGGCAGCUGUCAGUUCUGAGUACUGAUCACAGUCUUGUAUGGACUGUAUUCGACAGUCUUGUAUGGACUUGCUAGACUGUAUUUUCAUUUCUGUAUUUCUCAUUUUUAUUUUUAUUUGUUUAUCUUUUCUGGAUUUUUCCUUGUUUGCUCUUGGUGCCUAAAUCUCUUAUCCACAGUUUCUUGAUGGAUGAGGCUUUUUCUGUAUUCUGUGUAUAUAUAUAUAUGUAUUUCAUAUAAUUUAAGCAAAGCAAAAUAAAUUAUCCUUCGCUA